AUGAAGACUGCAGUCAUGGAUGGCAACUCUAUGUCCCUUGGGGACAGCCGGGCCUUAGCCGGACGCCGGCGCCAUGGAGGAGUACGCUCGGGAGCCCUGGGAAUUCGGCACCGAUUGAGAGGUAGUGCCAAUGCUGUGAGGAUCCGAGCCCCUCAGAUUGGAGGUAGCUUCGCAGUGUGGGGGGGCCUGUUCUCCACCAUCGACUGUGGCCUGGUGCAUGUGCGGGGCAAGGAGGAUCCCUGGAAUUCCAUCAGCAGUGGAGCGUUGACUGGGGCUGUGCUGGCUGCCCGCAGUGGCCCAUUGGCCAUGAUGGGCUCGGCAAUGAUGGGAGGCAUCCUGUUGGCCCUCAUCGAGGGUGUUGGCAUCCUCCUCACUCGCUACACUGCCCAGCAGUUCCGAAACGCACCCCCGUUCCUGGAGGAUCCCAACCAGCUGCCCUCUAAGGAAGGGACCCCGCCUUCCUCGGGGACAGACUCUAAUCCGUCCAUGGUUCUGAUUGUUAAUGAACUUCACUUGGGGACAAGCUUAGAGAAGCCAGCUGCAUGUGGCGCUGCCGUGCGGAGAGGCCCACGCAGUAAGGAGCUGACCUCUCCUGCCGACAGCCUGCAAGAACCUGAGCUCCCCGGUCCAAUGGCCCGCAAGGAGCGGAAUCCCGCCACCAACCUUUCUGCUCUCCCCAACCUCUGGCGGCCCAGCUCUGCUGCCACCCACAAUCCUGUGACCAUUGCACCUACGCUUGCUGGGUGA